CGACAACUGUAACUUUACCAGCUGAGCGCGAGAACACUCCAGUCGGAGGAGAGCAUCACAACACGCGCGUUUAUUCAGUCAAAACAAGAUUUCGGAAUGAUGCUUCAGCAUCCUGGUUUGGGUCCCUUGGAGAUCAGUGCGUCUGCUUUGGUACCCUGCCUCUCCCCGCCCGGCUCACUCACGCUGGACGACUUCACAAACUUCACUCCAUUAGUGAAAGAGGAGCUGCGCUACGCCAUCCAGAACAAACGCCUGUCCAACGGCAUGAGCACCCUGACCACUGACAGAGCGUGUAUGAACACCGAAUGCCCCACUGAACUUCCUGUGAUGAAGCGGGAGGUCACUCCAGAGGAGGGUGAAAGGAGAAAAAGAAGGAGGGAAAGAAACAAAAUUGCAGCAGCAAAAUGCAGAAACAAGAAAAAAGAGAAAACAGACCAUUUACAAAAGGAGUCAGAGAAGUUGGAGUCCAUCAAUGCCGAGUUGAAAUCCCAGAUUGAGGAGCUGAAGAACCAAAAGCAGCAGCUAGUUUACAUGCUUAACCUGCAUAGGCCCACCUGUAUCGUCCGAGCUCAGAACGGCCAGACCCCUGAAGACGAGAGGAUGCUCUUCAUCCAGCAAAUCAAAGAGACCACCCUGCAAGGUCUGAAUCUUACCACAAGUGGACCAACGCACACCUCAAUACCAACUAGCUGUGGCCAUCUCUAAAUCACAAACUGUACAGGCAAGAAGCUAAUGGUUUGGCAGUCCUUGCCAAGGAACGCUGGAAGGUUCACCCACGUUAUAAAGGACUAAACACGGGUGCCUGCCAUGAUGCCAGUCAAGGUCGGUCUGAUGUACACUGAAAGAGACUGUUAAAGCACUAAAGUGUUGAAGGGCGUUUGAUGCGUCACAUUUUAUUUAAAUGUGUUCAUAAUUGUAUGU